AGUCUGGGAGGGAGGUGCAGAAGGAAAAGGAGUGGCCUUCUGCUGAUAGUCGCCCUCUCUACCGGAGUAAAAGUCUUCUCUCAGUGGCAGCUUACAGGAGGGAAAACACAACAGACGUUUUGAGAUACAGAGCAGGGAAGGAGAAAGAGGAAAAGACUGAGCUGUCUCCAAACCACAUUUUCUCCCAGGCUGUAUGUGGGGUUAACACAGUCAUGGCAUCAGCAGCUCUACCAAAAAGGAUGGUGUCUUCUGUCUUCAUCACUCUGGCUGCUCCUCAUCGAGCCACUGUAACACAGCAGCAGCCCGUCCUCCAAGCUCAGAGUGGUGCAGUUAGAGACAAGCCGCACACUGCUGUACGAGUUAGCCUAAGUGACAACGCUCCUGCCGUCAGACACAAGAAAGAGGACGACCAGCAGUCUGAGUCUCAUGGCCGCAAAGGCCGAACUCUUACGGGGGCCACGGGCUGGACUUCAGACCCUCAGAGCCCAAAACCUGCCCAACCCAGAGCCAGCAGAGGAAAGCUGCAAGGAGACGACAGAGGUGCUGCAGAGCUCUUCCAUGCUCCUCCUCCUCUUCCAUCUCAGGGGACAUCUCUCUCUGAAGAAUCAGCACUCCCACCACCUCUCUCCCACCCUCUGACCUCAGGCCAGCAGCCAGUUUACAACAGAGAGGGGGAAACAAGCACACCAUCUAGUGGGUUAAACCAAGAUGAACAAACCCAUGGGAUCCAUAAAAAUGGCCAAGACACGAGCCGGGAGAGUAGAGAGGUCUGUGGCUUCUGUCGGAAACCCGUGGCUCUUUCUGAAGCUGCAAUAGAGGCCUUGAACAGGACGUACCACGACGGUUGCUUCCAGUGUAGAGCUUGUCACAUUCCCUUGGCUGGUAAACAGUACUACAACAAGGCAGGCAUCCCGCUCUGUGAGGACUGCUACCAGGCCAGCCUGGAACUUUGCUGGGCAUGUGGGGAGGUUAUCGCAGAUCAUGUGAUCCGUGCACUGGAGCGAGCAUACCACCUUUCUUGUUUUACCUGUGCAACGUGUAAACAGCAAAUUGGCGAGAAAGCUUUUGUUCAGGGAGAAGUUGGAGAAGUGUAUUGCCUUCAGGACUAUUACAGGAAGUAUGCUCCAAAGUGUUAUGCCUGCAACCAGCUCAUCAUUCCAAAAGAAGAUGGAACUGACAGCUAUAAUGUUGAAUGUCUGGGACAAACGUACCAUGAGAACUGCUACAGAUGUGAGGUGUGUGUCAUCCAGCUCUCUCCUGAACCAAAUGAGCAUGGCUGCUAUCCUUUAGAUGGGAAGCUGCUUUGCAAAUCUUGCCAUCUGAACCUGCUUUCUGGCCAGCACUACAAUCAAUAGCCUGACAGCCCGAGAUAAACUGCAACUGAUGGAAGAGUGCCACGAGUCUAGGUUCAAAGAGAUGGGAGACUUUUCAUUGGCAAUGUGCAUGACUCUGGAAUAACAAUGUCACACAUCUUUUUCCUAUAGAGUCAAACAUAUUUUUUAGUUGACAAUAUAUCAGGUUUUCUGAAGAUUCACCUUUUGUUCUUUUCUACCUGAUAAUGUUUCACUCAAUAAACUACCAAAUACACCAAAUAUAUUUAUGCAACAGCCAUUGCAAAAACUUAUGGUAAACAAUAUUUGAAUUCUUUUAAAUCUCAAUCAAUAAACUGUUUCUCAAUCACAUUAACACUUUACAUACAAAAUAAACUUUGUAUUAAAAAAUGUUUAUAUAAAAGUAAACUAAUAUAUUUUCUCUUGAGGCAGGCUCCAUUUUGCAUUUGUAUUUGUUAAAUUACACAUACACUAUCAAUAACUAUUAAAAUAAGAAAAUUUACUACAGACAUUAGAGAUGUAUAAGAUAAUGUGUAACAGAGCAUAACAGUACUUCAUAAAACACUCAUUAUGGACCCAAACUACAAGGUACUUUUGAUGUGAUAGCACUCACAUAAAGAUCCUUACUGGGCCUGUAUUGACUAUCUUUGCCUUGACAAUAGAUGUAUUCAAAUUAAUUUGACAUUACAGCAUCAAGGUCCCAGUCAAAUUGUUUUUUUAAUUUAGGUUUUGUUUUUUAAAAUGGCAUGUUUGUGGAAUUCUAUUUCUUUGUAUCAUAACAUUUAUUAAAACAUUUUUGUGAAAACAAAUA